UUCAGGGCAAUAAGCCGUUCUCUUCUGUUUUCCCUCGUCUCCUUUUUGCUUCUUCCUCUCCCUUUUCUUCCUGGUUUUUCUGAAUUUUUAUAUUUAUUUCGUUUUUUUUAUGCGAGAUUUCUUCGUUUCCCAAUCUCUUGUUCGGUUGUUCUUGGUCGCGCGGUUGCCUUUUUUGCUUCCUUUUCUUUUUUGGGCGUAUAAAUAAAAACAAAUCCCUAAAAAACGAGGUAAAGCUUGCCUUAGAUCUCGGUGAUUCCGCGCCCUGGAAAAUUUUCUUGUUGAAACCCUAGGGUUUCAGUUUGAUCUCCGGCCGAUCGCGGCCUAGAUCUUGCCGGAUAACUGCGGGCGGCGACUUAUGCGCAGCGGCGGAGCUCUCUGUGUCUUAAUAAACCCUAGCGCGGAGGAGGAGGCGAUGGCACGGGCUGAGUUGGGCGGCGUGGACGUGGAGGAGGGGGAGAUCUCGGACGAUACGGUGGCGUCUGAGGGGAAGAGGCUUGAUCGGGUGCGGGAGUCAAGGGAAAGUGGUGGUUCUAGGGUUUGGGGCCAGGGUUACGGCGAUGGCCGCUGGAUGUCGGAGUUCUUGAAGUUUCCGUCGACGGCACCGAAGUACCCGCCAGAUCUGUAUAACUUCGCCUGGGCGCAGGCCGUGCAGUCGAAGCCGGCAGAAGGGACCGGGUUGAAGGAUAUUAGGUCAGAUUAUGAGAAGUGGGUCUCGACGUUUGUAACCGGUGGCAAGAAGGAGGUAGAGGCAGAAGAUGUCGACAAAGUUGAUGUGGAAGAUGGGGAAAAAGAAGGAGUUGGAGGAGGGCCUGGUGAGAUCUCAGAAGACGCGGAGAAGGAGGAGGGUGAGAUAGAAGAAGGGGAGAUUGAAAUUGGAGAUGCUCCUGAAGAUGGAACCGCGGUUUUGACGACGGAAGAGAGUCCUGUGGAGGAGGUUUUGCAGGAGGAUGGGAGUGAUGCGGAGUUGGAGAUGCUUAUGGCAAUGCAGAACUCCCUAACGGAGUUCUCAGUGAAAGAUUCAACAAAGUCCGUCUCAGAGUGGUGCUUCGCUUUGAAGGAUUCCCUAGAGAAGCUGAGAUCGGUGAAAUCUGAAAGUUGUGGUGGUAAAAAACUUAAUUCUAUUAGGGACUCAAUUAUUCGGCAGAUAUACGACCGGGUCCAUUCUGUUUAUUCUAUUUACCAUAGUUCGAAUACGAAGCUCGGAGAACACGAUAAGGAGACAAUGUUGAGUUUGCUUGCGUCUUUAUCGAGUUCUUCAGUCGAUCUGUUUUCCCGUAAGCAAAUUAAAGAGUUCGAAGCGAUGGUUUCAUAUAUUGAGAGAGAUAAACCAGUUCAAGGGAUGGACCUGCGUAUUGACUUAUCGUUGCCCAAUUUUGAUGCCAAGGGGAAAAACGAUGCUCCUGCCAAGAAUGUUCCGGCACCUAUCCUUGUCAAUUCUAUUGAGCGGGUUGGUGGUAGACCAGAGGACCGUUUUUCUUGGGGUCAAUAUGAAACAGAGCUUCCUUCGCCCACCCCGCCUUCCCGAAAUGACAAGCCAUCAGCUGAUCAAAGUGAAAACAACAAUCAGGAAGUGCCUCCUCAGGUUGCAAAAAAUAUCAGGGUGGGAAACGAUAAUGAGGAUAAUUGUGUGUAUCCCUGUGAGACUGAUGUUGUGAAGGCUGUCUCCAGCUAUCAGCAAAAGUUUCUGCGUACAUCCUUUUGGUCUGGUGAUCGGCUGCCUAGCCCGACUCCAUCUGCAGAAUUCGAGGUGGAAGAUGGGGAUUCUAAUGAAGAGGUGUCUAGCUCUGUGCAAAACAAAGCGGUGGGAUCCCUGAACAUUCCGCCUACCAUUCAACCUCUUGACACUGCAGGACAAAAGGAACAACUGACAGAGAGAAUAUUGCAGCCUAUUCCAGUUACCAAUCUCUAUACAAGAGCCCAACCAAAGGCGAGGGAUCCAAGACUCAGGUAUGCAGAGUCGGAUGUUGGUGCAAUUGAUCUUAACAGCUUCCCAGUUUCCACAGAUCUUGGAUCUAACAGAAAUGUCGUUCAUGGAAACAACAACGAUUCUAGGAAGCAGAAGGUUAUCGAUGAGGCAGUCGUUGAUGGGCAUCUUGCUAAAAGGCAACGAAAUGGUCAAGCAGACGAUGCUUUUUCCGUUGCAGUCCAAGAAGUGCCUGGAAAAGGUGGGUGGUUAGAAGAAAGCUCAAUUGCUGCUGUAUCUGGGGAUAGUAAUAAAAACAUCAGAGCAAUGGACAUAGACGUCAGUUUAGCGUCCACUGACAGAAUGGCAAAAAAGGAAAAUAGGGAAGUUGUCGGAUCCUUGCCUUCUGUGUCGGAAUCUAAUACCAUGCACAAUAAACUUCCGGCUAGCAGUUUGAACACUAUUUUGCCCUCCAUGGCCCUUGCGAAUGCUGUGCCAGGUCUUGCUGGUCGUUUACCGGCAGGUAAUGUUGCUUCUGCUGCACCAUCCGCAUCUUUGCCUGCGUUGUUGAAAGGCAUCAACCCAGCAAUCCUGAUGCAACUUAUUAAGAAUGAACAAGAGAGACUGGCAGCACAGACUGUGCAAAACUCUGCAAUUCAGGCCCAGCCGACUUCUUGCCCACCUACACCGGUUGUACCGUCUACAGCACUGCCGGCUGGAAAUGGUGCUCCUCUGAAGGCCUCUGAAGUAGACCAAAAACCAGGAGUCGCGAAGAUUUCUACCCAAACGGUGUCAGUGGGCCCUCCAAUGGAAGAUUCAGUGAAAGUUCGUAUGAAGCCACGUGAUCCUCGUCGCAGAUUCUUACAGGAAAAUGUGUUACAAAAAACUGAAAGUUUGGAACCUAAGCAUCCUGAAGUGAAUUCAGUUGCUAUGCAGAACCUACAGGGCAGGAAGGACCUUCCUGCGGAGGGAGAUCAGAAUGAACAGGCCAAAAGGGCUGCCUCCUUGCUCUCAUCGGGGCCUUUGCCUGAUAUUUCUCAGAAGUUAACUCACACACUCAAGAGUGUGGCUGACAUUUUGGCUGGAUCACAACUUACCAACGUGACCCCUGGGAUCAUACCUGGAAAGCCGAGUGGUUUAGUUGGUUCUGGAGUAAGGGACCAGGGAAAUAAUGGAAUUGCCAACAAAGGCCCUGCGGACGAUGAACAAGGCCAAGAUCUAUGGGGAGACGUAGACCAUCUUUUAGAAGGUCUUGAUGAGCAGCAAAAGGUUGCCAUCCAGAAGGAGCGGGCAAGAAGGAUAGAAGAGCAGAAUAAAAUGUUUGCUGCCCGAAAGCUGUGCCUUGUCCUAGAUCUCGAUCAUACCCUUCUCAAUUCUGCGAAGUUUGUAGAAGUUGACCCUGUUCAUGAUGAGAUAUUAAGGAAGAAGGAAGAUCUGGACAGAGAUAAGUCACAGCGGCAUCUUUUCAGGUUUGCUCAUAUGGGAAUGUGGACCAAAUUGCGGCCGGGCAUUUGGAAUUUCCUUGAAAGGGCAAGUAAACUAUAUGAGCUGCAUCUCUAUACCAUGGGGAAUAAGGUAUAUGCUACUGAAAUGGCGAAAGUUCUAGACCCAACAGGGGCAUUAUUUUCUGGUCGUGUUAUUUCAAAGGGUGAUGAUGGUGACCCUUUUGAUGGUGAUGAGAGAAUCCCCAAAAGCAAGGAUUUAGAUGGAGUCUUGGGUAUGGAAUCUGCUGUAUUGAUCAUUGAUGAUUCCGUGAAAGUCUGGCCUCAUCACAGACAUAAUCUGAUCCUCGUUGAAAGGUAUACAUUCUUCCCUUGUAGCAGGCGACAGUUUGGACUUUUCGGUCCAUCGCUUCUUGAGAUAGAUCAUGACGAACGGCCGGAGGAUGGGACUCUUGCUUCUGCUUUGGCUGUCAUUGAGAGGAUCCACCAUAGCUUUUUCUCUAAUCAGGCAUUAAACAGUGUGGAUGUCCGAGACAUCCUCGUCUCAGAGCAACGCCGGAUUCUGCAAGGUUGUAAGAUAAUCUUCAGCAGGGUGUUCCCUGUUGGCGAGGCCAAUCCACAUCUGCACCCUCUUUGGAAGCUUGCCGAGCAAUUCGGUGCUGUUUGUACAAACCAGCUCGACGAGCAGGUCACUCAUGUUGUUGCCAAUUCUCUUGGAACAGAUAAGGUUAACUGGGCUAUCUCGACGGGGAGAUUCGUAGUUAAUCCUGGAUGGUUGGAGGCGUCGGCGUUAUUAUAUCGGAGAGCGAACGAGGCUGAUUUUGCUAUAAAACCUUAAGAACAAACUGAAACGUUCAAAAGAGAAACCUAACCAACCGGCCCCAUUGAACUCACACGGACUCACUAACUGGUCCUUGGUGAAAGCCUGAACGGUGUUGUGCUCUGUUCAGCCGUGAUGAGCAGCAUGUCAGGCUCUCCCAAGCUCACAGAGUGUCCCUCCGGUCCUCCGCCCGGCUCGUUUUGUCGACUCACAACUACCCUUCUGAAUCCACCCACUUACCUAUAGCGUUCGGUCCCGGUGCGCUAAUGGAGGCUUCUUAACACUGGGCCUGCAUGUGCCAACCACCAUUUUUGUUAGUUGCAAACCCCCUCGUCAGGCACAAACACAGACUUUACAUUGCUGACAAAAGUGGGAAAAAGAAACCGACUACAGUGAAGGGGACAGAGAUGUGCUUUUAGUGUUCACAACCUCUUAAUUAUUCCUGAUAAACGGAAGUAAAACCAUGUAAAUAUUCAAAUUCUUCACUUAGAAGAAGAAAAUUGAUGAAUGGACGAAGGAAAGGGACGGGUUUUCUACGACCAAUUGAACAUCAUUAUUCUUUCUUGCUUUCUCUAAUUGAUCAAAAUAUAAGGAAAGGAUAUUUAGAAAGGGAAAGCGGAAUAUCAAGCGCCAUUGGUUUGACA